AUGACUCGGCUCUUAUCUCUUCUCUCUUUUUCCUUAGCACUUUUGAUCUUUCUCCAUGGCUCUACAGCUCAACAGUUUCCAAACGAGUGCCAGCUAGACCAGCUCAAUGCCCUCGAGCCGUCACACGUACUUAAGUCCGAGGCUGGUCGCAUCGAGGUGUGGGACCACCACGCUCCUCAGCUACGUUGUUCUGGUGUCUCCUUCGUACGUUACAUCAUCGAGUCUAAGGGUCUCUACUUGCCCUCUUUCUUUAACACCGCGAAGCUCUCCUUCGUGGCUAAAGGCAAAGGUCUUAUGGGGAGAGUGGUCCCUGGAUGCGCCGAAACAUUCCAGGACUCAUCAGUGUUUCAACCAGGCGGUGGCAGCCCCUUCGAAGAAAGUCAGGGUCAGGGACAACAAGGUCAACAAGGUCAGCAGGGACAACAGGGCCAUCAGAGACAAAUGGGCCAUGGCUUCCGUGAUAUGCACCAGAAAGUGGAGCACAUAAGGACCGGCGACACCAUUGCUACACAUCCCGGUGUAGCCCAAUGGUUCUAUAACGAUGGAAACCAACCCCUUGUCAUCGUUUCCGUCCUUGAUUUAGCUAGCCACCAGAACCAGCUAGACCGCAACCCAAGGCCACACCUGGGUUACAUCAGCACUCUGAACAGCUACGAUCUCCCCAUCCUUCGCGUCCUUCGUCUCUCAGCCCUCCGUGGAUCUAUCCGUCAAAACACAAUGGUGCUUCCCCAGUGGAACGCAAACGCAAACGCGGUUCUCUACGUGACAGACGGGGAAGCCCAAGUGCAGGUAGUAAACGACAACGGUGACAGAGUGUUCGACGGACAAGUCUCUCAGGGACAGCUACUUGCCAUACCACAAGGUUUCUCCGUGGUGAAACGCGCAACAAGCGAUCAGUUCCGGUGGAUCGAGUUCAAGACAAACGCAAACGCACAGAUCAACACACUUGCUGGACGAACCUCGGUCAUGAGAGGUUUACCACUAGAGGUCAUAUCCAAUGGGUACCAGAUCUCACUCGAAGAAGCAAGAAGGGUCAAGUUCAACACGCUCGAGACCACUUUGACACACAGCAGUGGCCCAGCUAGCUAUGGAAGGCCAAGGAAGGCUGAUGCUUGA